AUGGAGGGACUUGGUGUCGUGUAUGAACAGGAAGAACCAGUCGUAAUGGAUAAUCAUGAGACAACGACAGCAGUAGCAACAACAACGGAAGAUCAUCAGCAUGUAAUAAAUUCAACAUUAAGCCACGAAGUUGAAGACGAUGAGGAGAUUCGUGCACUUGCUAGGAAUCCAGACGAUUUGGAUCCACAUCAUCAUCAUCAUGUUCAUCAAGAGACUCAAGAUCAAGAUGUACAACCAUCAGCAGCAUUACAACAACAAGAAGAAGCAUUACAACAAUCACAACAUCCUGAUGUUGGAAAUUAUGGAAAUUAUGGACAAAGUACUAGUGGUCAACAUUCACAGCAACAGAUGGAGUAUCAUGGAGGCUAUGACAAGAAUGGUAGUACUAGUAUACAACCAGGAAAGCUCUUUAUUGGUGGGGUAUCGUGGGAAACAACAGAGGACACAUUACGUCAACAUUUUAGCAAGUAUGGUAUGCUCACGGAUGCUGCACUCAUGAAGGACAAAUAUACGGGCCAACCUCGUGGUUUUGGUUUUGUAACGUUUGCGGAUGCAUCAGCUAUUGAUCGCGUGCUGGAAGAAACACAUAUACUGGACGGCCGAUCGGUAGAAGUGAAGCGUGCGAUUCCAAGGGAGAGGACGGCGCCAGGCUCUAGCGAAAUGCGUAGUGGCGGACGCGGAAGUUUUAGCAGCGGCGGCUUUGGGGAGCAAAAGAAAAUCUUUGUUGGUGGCCUAGCUCCCACUGUAACAGAGCAAGAUUUUCGUCACUACUUUGAAGAAUAUGGCAAGACCACAGACGCCGUAGUGAUGAUCGAUCGUGAUACUCAGCGCUCACGCGGAUUUGGCUUCAUCACUUUUGAAGAGGAGUCGUCAGUAGCUGAAGUGAUUAGCAAGAGCCACGAGAUUCAUGGCAAGACCGUCGAGAUCAAGCGAGCGGAACCCAAGGAAGCCCGUGGUGGUGGAGGUGGAGGUGGCUACGGUGGCGGUCGUGGGGGUCGCGGUGGUGGCUGGAGAAGUGGAGGUCGUGGGGGUGGCGGCGGUGGUGGUGGUGGUGGCAGCUAUGGCGGUAGCUACGGCGGUGGGUACGGUAGCAGCUAUGGUGGCGGCUACGGCGGUGGCUACGGUGGUGGCUAUGGUGGCGGCUACGGCGCUGGCUAUGGUGCUGCUGCUGCCUACGGAGCCGGCGGCUAUGGAGGGUAUCCGCAGUCGUACGCUGGCUACGGGUACGGUUCAUACGGAGGUGGCCGUGGCGGGUAUGGCUACGGUAGCUACGGAGGGUACGGUAGCUACGGUGAAAGCGGCGCUGCUGCAACUGGCGCUGAUGGCGAAGGUGGUGAAGGAGGUGCCGGUGCAGAAGAAGCAGGAUACAGCGGAGACGGAGCUGCUCAGGGAGGCCAAGGAGGAGCUGCUGCUAGCUACGGUUAUGGCGGUGGAUAUCGUCAGGGAGCAGGCUCCAGUGGUGCUCAAGGAGGUUCUGGUGGGCGAUCGGACCGAUACCGCCCGUACUAA